AUGGCUGCUCCUCACGCCCACCCCCAUCCCCACCCCCAUCCUCACCCCCACCCACAACAGGUGGGCCCUGGCGGCCCUCCUGGCCCCAACGUCCUCCAGCAGUUCAACGGCGACCCGGCAAUGCAAGCUCUCCUCGACUCGCUGCCGACCCGUACCGUCCCCUUUGCGUUCGUCGAGGCCCCGAUCCCCAACACCCAGCCUCCCCAGAGCCAGCAGAUGGUUGUCUGUGCCGAGCACAAGCUCCCAUCGUGUGACGCGUGCAAUGUCAACUACACUGCCCUCAACUACAUGCACCAGUUCCUCCGCACCGCGCCUCCCGAGGCCAUCCCCCCUCCUCCCAAUGUUCAGCCCCCUCCCCAGCGUGCCGAGCAGAUCAAGCAGGCCAAAGAGGCAGGUAAUGUUGCGUUCAAGGCUGGUAACAUUCCCGUCGCUGUCCAGAACUACUCUCGCUCUGCCGACAUGGCGCUGUCUCGCCCACCCUGGGAGUUGGCGCAGCUUUCCAAGGAGGAGACCUCCAUCGCUCUGUGCAACCGUUCCGCCGCCUUCCACCUGGCUGGUGCUUGGGCCAACGCGCUGGCAGAUGCCGAGGCUGUCAUCGCGCUCAGGCGUCCUUGGACCAAGGGACACUUCAGGCGAGCACGCGCUCUCGUCGGCCUUGGUCGUUUCGAAGAGGCUCACGACGCGAUUAUCGACGGACUGCAGUUUGAGCCCGAGGACAAGGAGCUCAACGCGUUCCUCGCCGAGGUGGACGCCAAGAUCGAGGAGCAGAACAAGCUUUAG